GCUGGCCUGACCUAAGAAGGCAUGGAAAGGGUGCGAAAGCAGACAAAGCCAAGUGGCCAGCCCAGCUGAAGCUCCUCUCCUCAUUUAAGGAAAGAACGUAUGCGCACAUGCGCGCAUGAGCACCGCCUGGAGUAAUCCCGUCGUUCCGCAACGCCUUCCGCGCAAGGACCGGUUCGCGGUGCUCACCGAACAGGAAGGAUGAAGGGGAGGCCUGGCUGAGCUGUCAUCCCCCAGGCCAGGAUACAAUCCUUAUCUCUUCAAACAUCAUUGCUAAUUUCUGCGUGAACCUCCUGGGUGGGUUCAGACAAAAAGCAUUCAUAUUUCAUGUCCAAAGGAAAGUGCAUCUUCUAAAUUUUUGGCACCAUACACUACUUUUUCCAGAAUUCAUACAAAGAGUAUAACAUGCCUGGAUAUUUCCAGUGGAGGAGGUCUUGGUGUGUCUUCUAGUACUGAUGGGAGCAUGAAGAUCUGGCAGGCUUCCAAUGGAGAACUCAGAAGAGUAUUGGAAGGACAUGUAUUUGAUGUGAAUUGUUGCAGGUUUUUCCCAUCAGGCCUUGUGGUUCUGAGUGGGGGAAUGGAUGCGCAGCUGAAGAUCUGGUCAGCUGAAGAUGCUAGCUGUGUGGUGACCUUCAAAGGUCACAAAGGAGGUAUCCUGGAUACAGCCAUUGUUGAUCGAGGGAGGAAUGUGGUGUCUGGUUCCCGAGAUGGGACAGCACGACUUUGGGAUUGUGGGCGCUCAGCCUGCUUGGGAGUCAUUGCAGACUGUGGUUCUUCCAUCAAUGGGUUGGCAGUGGGUGCUGCUGACAACUCCAUAAACCUCGGCUCUCCUGAGCAGAUGCCCAGUGAGCGGGAGGUUGGAACCGAGGCGAAAAUGCUGCUGUUGGGCCGGGAAGAUAAGAAGCUGCAAUGCUUUGGACUACAGAGCAGGCAGCCGGUAUUCCUCUUUAUUGGCUCAGAUGCCUUCAACUGCUGUACUUUUCUCUCUGGCUUCUUGCUAUUGGCUGGAACACAAGAUGGAAACAUUUAUCAGCUGGAUGUGAGGAAUCCAAGGGCUCCAGUACAAGUCAUCCACAGAUCAGGAGCACCAGUUCUAUCCCUGCUGAAUUUCAGAGAUGGAUUCAUUGCUAGCCAAGGUGAUGGGAGCUGUUUCAUUGUUCAGCAGGACUUAGACUAUGUCGUUGAACUCACUGGGGCUGACUGUGACCCUGUGUACAAGGUAGCCACGUGGGAGAAGCAGAUCUACACAUGCUGUCGAGAUGGUCUUGUGCGACGCUAUCAGCUUUCUGACCUCUAACCCCUUGGAAAAGAGUCCCAUUUAGUGAAAAGGAUUGACCCUAAUCAACAGUGAGAAAUGUCAUCAGUCUGUCAAAAGGACCAUGGUCCUUUACUCUCUUGGGCUCCCCGUGGAAGUCACAGAAAGUGAGCUCUACUGGUCCAUGUGGAACUGUUGUCCCAAGACCUACUUUGAACUGAGUAAGAAGCUCACAUGUGCUCACUGCAUUUGCCCCAACUUCUCCUUGUAGAAACUCACCUGGCAGCACAGGGCAAAGAUAUGGAUGCUUACUCUUUGUUCUCACACCAGUUGUGUUAAAUGUUUACAAGGACUAGAGGGAUAAAGCCUGUUCUCUGGUGGAAAUAA